CACAGUUACAAGUACAAUCGAUGUGAAAAAAACUCUUUUUUAAGAUACUUGGCGCCAGUUAGAUAAUCGUACUAAACAAAUAAAAUUAGUUAAAUGAUUCGACGUGAAUAAAUGAAACAGUAAACAAAUAAACGACAAGAAAAAUUAUUCUUUCAUUCAUUCAAAAAUCGUAAGUACUAGCGCAAGCGCGGGUUUAUCAGUUUUUGUGUGUUUCUUUCUCAAGGAAUCUCGUCUCCCUCUCCUUCGCGUAUUCGAAAUCUUUGCCCUCCUACGCAUUGCCGUCGAUAUAAAAGUGUAUAUAGUCGUCGACUCUUAUCUCGAUAAUACAGUAAGGAUGGUUCUUAGGUGCUUUUACAAUAAACUUAAACAAAAAAUGUUUAACAAAGAAAGAAAGAUACACAAAAAGAGACAAUGACGGUAGCAAGUGUUCCAAGUAGAAGAAGAAGCCAGAGCAGUGGCGAUGCGGUAGCUCGAGAUAAUAUACAUCGGCAAAGCCAGCGAGGAAGAUUGGACGUUGACAGCGACGCGGCCGAGCCACACCUUUUUGUCGUGGCGACAUGUGUAUACUGUUUAUUCAUCGGAACCCGGAACCAAAACCUACCGGCUACAGACUCAUUUUGAUCGCGAAUCGCGAUGAGUACUAUGCCAGACCCGCCGAGCCUGCACAUCAUUGGGACGAUUACCCGGGAUGCCUUGGAGGAACAGACAUGGAACCAGGCCGAGAGGGAGGAACUUGGCUGGCACUUAAUUACAAAACCGGCAGAGUCGGUGUGAUAUUAAAUUUAAACGGAAUGCCGAAAUCCAGUCAAGGCAAGGGUCGAGGUUUUUUGGUGAGGGAUUACUUAACGACUCCAAAUUCAACAAAAGUUCAUGCAGACGAGCUUCACAAGUACAAUCAGGAUACUCAAGCUUACAACCCUUACAACUUGGUCAUGGUUGAUUUGAGGAGCAGUGAUGUCUACUAUUUGAGCAGUGAAUUUAACUGUUCGGGACAAAAGACUCUUCAUGACGAUGUUUUGGGAUUUGGAAACAGUAGCAUAGAAAGGCCUUAUCAGAAAGUAUUGAUUGGAAAAGAUAGAUUCAAGAAAAUAAUAGAUAACGCAUCGACUAUUCGACAAGAGCAAUUGAUUGAAGAUUUGAUACGAUUAUUGAAGCAAGAGGAAAGACAUCUUCCCGACAAUGAACUUAAAAAGCGAUCACCAGAAGCAUUCAACGAGUUAAGCUCUAUUUUUGUGCGACACGAGAAAGAAAAAUACGGCACGAGAACUCACAGCAUCAUACUCGUUGACGAAUCUUUCAAAGUUACCUUUGUAGAGGAGACGAUGAUGGAAGAUGGCACGUGGAAGUGUCAAGUUUAUACUAAUAAUUUAAAUUAAUUCAAGUGCCUUAAAUACUUAGUGUUUUUUUUUUUUUUUUU